UCCAGUGGUACCUCUGCUGUUCUUGCAAUGGGUAGGAGUCCCAAUCAUGUCAAUCAUCAAUGGACUGUAGUGAGUGGACAAGAUUCAAGUAGGAUGGCAGUUCAAGCUCCUCAUCAGGGGUAUCCACAAACACCAAACUCUUUGCAAAGUGUACAGGAGACAAGUAGCGUGCCAUCAAAACCAUCUCCACUGUCUCCCACAGCAUAUAUACAACUGUUGUAUUUCAUUCAAAAUCAAAACAAUAACGGCAGGACUGAGAUGAACAGGGUUCAACAUGGCGCACCUGUCCAAACUGGCCCAUCAAACCAGAGUCAAAUGUAUCCCUGUCAACCUCUCACGGACAGCAACAAUCGGGUCAAUGUACCAAAUGCUACAGUGGGGCAGUCAAUGCCAAUGCAUAACAUUAGCCAGAAUCCUCAAUACAAUGUUAUGCAUAACCCUUCUCUUAAUAAUGUUCCAAGAUAUCGCCCUGCAGGCCUUACCAUCCCACCACAACAGAACAGACUUGCGUCAAAUUGUGCAAAUAUGAACAGUCAGGCAGGGGCCAUUGAAAAUAAUGCACACCAUGUCCCAUAUCCUAGGCCCCAUAUCAAAAGCAUAUCAACCCUACAUUACAAGGCAGACGGCACCUAUGUUCGGGUAUCCAACACUGGACCAACUUCAUCUGUGCCAAACAAUAGUAUACAGUCGUCAGUCCAGCACACCCGCUCCUCCGCUCCUCCACCAUUCCCAGGCCAGCAAUCCCAUGGACCCGUGCUGAACAAGACGGGACAUAUGGUUGGGGCAGGAGCACAUUCUCUGCAACACGCACCAAACCAAGGGUCAGCCCAUACCCUACGUAACAAGCCAAAAAACACCUAUGUUCUGAUAUCCAACACUGGACCAUCUUCAUCUGUGCCAAAUCAUGGUAUGCAGUUUUCAGGCCAGCAAAACUGUGAGUGUGUGCCUCCGUCAUACCCCAUAAGACAGGGCUAUUACGUAACGGUAACAGAGGACAAAAGUGGAAAUGGAUUUAGAGCAGAAAAUGUUAUUUUGAUUGGAGAUAAACCUAAUGAAAGUGCUCUGGUCCUGCAAGGAUCAUCUGCAAGUAAUGCCCCCUCUGUUCUUACGGUGCAGAAGGCCAUCGCAGUUGUACAACCACUAUCGAAGUGUAUGCAGACAAACACACCUCUCAACGUGGCGGAUAGAAUUCCCUUGACUACCCAAGGUAUAUCGUUCUCAACUGGUGGUGAAAAUGUGAGUGACCCUGGGGAAGAAUCUUGUGACCAAAGUCCAUCACAAGCUCAAACAACCCUUACUGUAUCUGCUUCUUUGACAAAUGAAUCUGGACAAGAGGUCCCCAAGGUCAGACCAGAAGCUACAUUAGAAUCGAGCGCUGAAAAAACACAGACUCAGGAUUCAGAAACUUCUGAUGUUGAAAUGGCCAAGACAUAUUCAUGUUUUGAGUCUGAACGGUCACGAUCAAACUGCUUACAUGUAGAGAAAGUGGAUUCUCAACCAUUAUCUAAUUUGGAAUGUCAAGCCACUCAGAGAAAAGAGUUAGCUGGCACAGAAAUGAACACUCAUGUGAAUGUUAACCAAUUGAGUGAGGAAACAAAUGAAAAAGUAGUUUCAGAUGAGGACAUUUUUGAAUUGUCCUCAGUUCCUGUAAUCAAAUGGACACUUGGUAAAUUGAAGGAGUUGGUAGACACUGUGCAACAUCCAAAAUGCUCUGAGACACCGGUUGAAAGCAAACUACUAAACCUCUAUUGGGAUGGAGAUGGGCAGAAGCUUAUGUAUGCUGCAAGAUCUGAUAUUUUACAGAAUAUAAUGCGAGAGGUUCGAUCUGUGUGUGGCAAAGAUAUGGCAUCACAGUCUGUCAUCUUUUCACAAGUCAGGUGCAAAAACUGGGCUCAAGUUGAAGAGAAAUGUGUCAUUCUUAAACAUGAUUCUGUUUACCCCGAGGUCCCGGGGCAAGAGUCCUCAUGGUUGAACACCAAUAAGCAGCUUGAUGACAUAGACAGGGAGUUUGGAUUCCCUUGGUCACUAAGGUAUGACCAACAGACUCUUCAAAGAGGAGAUGAACAACCAAAACUGAUUUGUACUGAAGAUGAAAAAUCUGCAGACUCUGCCAGUGACAUGCAGACUGAGGUGAUUCAGACGGAGAGACCAGCACCCUCUGAUCCUAAAGAAAUCCAAGGGUCAAGUUUGGUACACAGCUCUACACAGCCCCCCUCACCGGUUAAGAGAGAAAGUGAAAGCAUAAUUAUUUGUGACCCAUUUUCCUCCCUGGAGAUCAACGUGCUGCCACCAGAAGAGGCUAUGCGGUUUUUCAAUGACCAGCUACUGCAAGACAAAGUAGGAGAAGACCAGCUGGAAUUGCCAAUGGAUGUGGAGCUGAAUGAGUUGAAAGAUUACUCAGUGGAGGAUAAAUCAUCUGAGGGAAUAGAUGUGAAGUUGACGGCGGUAAAAUUUGAAAAGGAAGGGGAUGUCCAAUCAGAUGAUUACUGUUGCCUCUCACGUUGGAAGGCAGUGUUCAGUGGGUCCACCAAUUCUUCAUCCUGCAAAUGCCAGUACAAGACUGAAUUGGGUUCGGCAAAGGCCACUGUGAAUGCGAAGGCGUUUGUCGAGGGAACUUUGGCUGUUGAACCGAGCACAACAAGUGCAGGACAAAGGGAAAGCCUGCAUUUGUGUAAAUCAAAUGGCACAGCAGAAGGAAAGAGGGAAGGGAAUCCUGGGAAAAAUGGGAAUCCCCAAUCAUGGAAAUCUACAGGCAUUGAAUGCCAAACUAUUGUCUUGUGUGAUAGUGAAUCUGAGACUGAUCGCCCAUACACUAAUGGGGCGAAGAGCUUGCCUUUGUCAAAACCCCCAUCACUGCGCCUGCCCAUCAACUGCCCAAACAUUGUUGAAGUUAAAAUUGAAGAUGUCUUCUCGAGCUAUGAAGACUUUCUUAAAGUGUCCACCCCAAUGUCCGAGCUAGUGUUGGACAAUGUACAGCCACAACAGAAAGAAAUGGAAUGUGUACAAGCACUUAGUGUCACUUUGGAAGAAAGGAACCCUAGGGGUAGUGAAGUCAUUCCUACAGUUACCAUUCCUACUUCUAAUCUGCUACCCCAACCAGCAGAGAAAAUCAGUUUCCUAACAUCACUCUCCUUGGCACAAAGAUGUCACAAGCAUCUAUCUUCUAAAAGAAAUCAUAGCUGCAAGGUUAAACAAAAAGGGGUUGGACACAAGAGAUGUGUUGAAGGUCCUCAUUCAAAAUUAUCUGUCCCAAGAAAGCGAAGGAAAAUGAGGGAAGGUUUGGUUCCCUUCUUUCAACUUGUUCCUGAGGUCAACUUGACUGACACAGAUGAUGAUGAUGAUUUCGAGCCCCCCAAUACAAGUACUUCUAAAUCUUUGCAACCUUUUGAAGGUCGCUCUUUUUCCAAUCUCCAGAAGCCAGCAGAACCUGGAAUUAGGACCAAGAUUUCGAGGGUCAGCAUAGUAACUCUGGCCUUGUUUGGUUCCUCGCACCAGAGGACAAAUGGGACUGUAGCAACUGGCCAACACAAGGACCAUAAUUCUUCUCGACCCAGACCUUUUGCAGACAAAGCUCCAGCACCUCCUAUAACCCUCAGUGUGAAUGUCAAGUCCGAGACCAGCCCUCCAGUGGAAAGCCUAGUCAGACAACGGAUCUUCAACGAGUGGGAGAACAGUUUUGUGCCGACAAAGAAGACAAAGUCCAGAGGCAGAGCAUCAAGACUACGAAACCGAAGAGGCUUUGCUCCAAAGAUUGUUUGUGCUGAAGUUGUCAAAAAUACUGUUGCCUCCACCAACACAGAUGGUAGUGCAUUAUCCUCUGAAAGACGAGCCACACCAGAAAGAACCGCAAGGGCCAAGCAGACUUUUCGGCACAUUGAAAGAGAGAGAAUCUUAAAUGGCCUGAAACUCAGACUGAAGAAAUCUAAGAUUGAGGCAGUGCCAUCCAGCAAACCUGAUGCAGUGGAAAAAAGUACAAAUAAGAUCAGGAACCCUGCUCUUUUGCCUCUUGAGGAGAACAGUGUUCUGAGGUUCAGUGUGCUGCCAGAGUCGUUCAACUUCAAUGAUGGGCAAGAACCCAUGGACACUCGGACACAGACGGGUUCAAUGAAGGAAAUGGCUGGUCCUGUUGCUGCAACGACUGAGAGUCCUAAAACAAUAGUCCGGAAAUCCCAAGUAGGUUCAUGGUCUGCUGGCCCUCAGAAGAGAUAUUGUCCUCUCACCUCUUCGACCACUAAAGUCCCCAAGUCUUCCUCCACUGCCUUCCAGGAGUUUCAGAGGAAAUUCCAGCAGCUAUCCCAAGACUAGUUUGUAUUCCCUCCUGUUAUGAAAUGGAGGAGUGGAGUGAGGAUUGUUGACAAUCUGAUUCUUGUAACACGUUUCCCAUGGAAAUAUAGGCUGCGUACAAUUUCUGUUUUUUGUUUAUGAUUACCUUUUUUAUAACUAAAAAUGCAGAAAUGCAGAAAUUGACCUUAUUGUGGUAAGGUUGGGCAGUUCAUAAUACAGUUAUUUAUCGUAGUUAUCGUUUUAUAUUCUUAAAUGACUUAGCCAAUAUAUCUGACAGUAUCUUCUACCUCAGGCCUGACGGGUAACAUUGCGAGACUUUGUCAUUAAAAAACAUGAACAAAAGUUUUGUGGGCCAUUGGGUGGCAAUUUUUUUUUUAAGUUUUGGGUAAAUUGUAUUUUAUGCAAACCUCAUGUUUACUGUUUGAAUGUUUCACAGAAUGUGAACUAUGCCAAAUUCACUGCAGUUUGUUUGAAUUUGUAGGCUACAUAAUUUCAUCUCUUGACUCUUACUUUCUACAAUCUCAUACCUUUUCAAUGGUUACAUUAUCAAUAGUUAUUUUGCUGGAGUUUAAAUCGAUUCCUUUUGUUGCCACAGGAUGAGCAGUACUGUACAGUUCAAGAUACUAAACAAAGUUGCAUUGCAGUAGUUAGACCUUUGUAUUCUGGUUCUGUAUUUCAGUAUAUAAGCUUUUAUAGUUCUUCGUAGUUAUAGAUUCAAAUUUGACGCUAUACGUAUGACGGAAAAAAACAAUCAACACUGACAGGAAACGUGUGUGAUUAGUAACCACACCUGGUGCAUUACCGUAUACUUGUAACCUAUUUUUUUUUACCUAGUGUUAUUUCUUUAAUAUGUUGGUUUAUUUUGUUAUUUGUUUCUAAAUAAAUAUUUUACGUACUUAAAUUGA